CUUAAUUUCACUCGAUACCUAACCCUAUCAGAGCAAACACCGCCGCCACCGUCAGCCCCCAGCCUGCCUGCUUCUCGUGAAGCCCCACCAGCCACCGUCAGCCCCCAGCCGCUGCCACUCUUCUCCUCCUCACCGUCUCUGUGAUCGUCGUCGUCGGCAGUGACAGAGGGUGCCGUCGUCGUCCUCGAUCCUCUUCUCCUCUACGUCACGCGAACUGUUGCUCUAUCCUCUUCAGGCGCGUCCUCUCCUCCGUGAAUCUCUGCCUGGAGCCUCGCCGUGGAAUCUCUUCUCGGCGCCUCGCCGUCGCAAACUGAUCCACUCCCGAGGUCACUCUGUCACCGCCGUUCCUCCCUCGCCGUGUCUCCGAAAGGGGCAGCUGCUAAUGAAGUCAAAAGGGGAUAGGGACAGGAAACGCCAUGAUUCUGAAGAAGACGAUAGCAAUCUGCCCAGGAAAUCAGGAGGAGAUAUGGAUAGGAGUCAAAGAGCUGAAAAGGGACUACAUACGACCCAGUUCAGAGGAGAAGAGAACAGAGAGCUGCAGAGGAAAACAGAAAGGGAUGGGAAUAGGAGGCAUAGAGAUGGAAGGGAUGGUGCCCAUCAUGAUUCGGGGGAAGAAGAUGGGGAGCUGCCCAUGAAAUCAGAGAAGGAUAGGGAUGUGGUGCAAAGAUUUGAAAGGUAUGGUGCACAUCAUGAUUCAGAUGAAGAAGAGGGUGAGCUUCGCAUGGACUCAGAAAGGGAAAGGAAGCGUCAUGAUUCGGAAGAUGAUAGCAUAUCAGUAAAUCAAGAAGGGAAAGGAGGCAAAGAGUUGAAAGAGAUGGAGCAAGCCGUAAUUUGGAGGGAGAAGUUGAUAGGGAUCAAUUUAGGAAAUCAGAAAGGAAUAGGGAUAGAAGGCAUAGAUCUGUAAAGGAUGGUGCCAGGUAUGAUUCAGAGGAUGAUGAUGAGGACCUGAACAGGAAAUCAAAAAGGGAUAUGAGGUAUAGAGGUGAAAGAGAUGAUGAUGAUGAUGAGAAGGGUCAGAGAGAUAAUGGGAGAGAAGAUAAUAGGAAGAAAGAGGAUGGACCUCGAAGGAUAGUUGAAAACACAAGACCUCAAAGACAGUCAACAAUCCCAGAAGGUAACCUGAAUGGUGAUGCAUCUAAACAUAUUUUCAAGCCAGACCCUAAUUUCCUGGAGAAUGAGAAGCGUUAUGAAGAGCUGAAGAAAACUAUACUGGGUGAGGAAUCUGAGGAUGAGGAAGGCUCUGAUGCAGAGUUGGACGAUGAUGAUGAUGAAGAUGAUGAAUCCAAUGAAGAAGAUGAUGAGGAAAGCAUGCAAAUCAAAGAUGAAACAGAGACAAACCUUGUUAACCUUAGAAGAACAAUUUACCUAACAAUUAUGUCCAGUGUAGAUUUCGAGGAAGCUGGUCACAAGCUUCUGAAAAUCAAGCUAGAGCCUGGGCAAGAGAUGGAAUUAUGCAUUAUGCUUUUGGAAUGUUGCAGCCAAGAGAGAACAUAUCUCCGAUAUUAUGGUCUUUUGGGGCAGCGUUUCUGCAUGAUCAAUAAAGUAUAUCAAGAGAAUUUUGAGAAGUGCUUUGUCCAGCAGUACUCAAUGAUUCACCGGCUUGAAACAAACAAGCUACGAAAUGUGGCUAAAUUCUUUGCUCACCUACUUGGGACAGAUGCUCUACCUUGGCAUGUUUUAUCGUACAUACGCUUGACUGAAGAGGACACGACAUCUUCCUCCCGUAUAUUCAUCAAGAUCCUCUUCCAGGAAUUAUCAGAGCAUCUUGGCAUCCGACUGCUAAAUGAGCGGUUAAAUGAUUCAACAAUGCAGGACUCCUUUGAGUCGAUCUUUCCGAAAGAUAACCCAAAGAACACCCGGUUCUCCAUUAACUUCUUCACAUCCAUUGGACUUGGUGGUCUUACAGAGAACUUGCGUGAGUAUUUGAAAAAUAUGCCGCGUCUUAUCAUGCAACAACAGAAACAAGUUUCAGAUUCUGAAUCUGAUGAUGAGUCAGGGAGUUCAAGUUCAUCUGAUUCAGGAACAGCUAGUUCUGAAUCAGAGUCUGACUCAUCAAGUUCUGAUGAAAGUGAUAGUGAUAGGGACAAAAGGCGAAGAAAGCGGAGAAGAAAGUGAAGCAAACGAAUUUAUUUCCUUGUCCAGGGUCCUUGCUUCUGUAAAACUGUAUUAUGAGGGCUUAGUAUGCUGUCCGGUUUUGAAUUUUGUUAAGAUCAUAUUUUCAUAGAACUUGCUCUGCUUUGAUGUUUUCUCAUCCCAAACCACCGAAGUAGAAUUUGUAAGCUGUAGUAACUUGGGGUGAAAUAAUAAUUUAGUUGAUCGUAGUGUUCAA